AUGGCAGGCUCAUAUGUUGUGCAAUAGACCUCAAACUCGAUGAUAACCUGAUAAGACAGAGGGGAUUUGUUAUUGCUACAUUCAAGGUCGAAUGCGUUCAUUGAUCAUGGCAUGACUUGCAGUGAUCUUCAAUUUAAAAUGUUCACUUCUGGAGAAGAAUUCCCCUCUGACAGAUACCAAACCAGUCCAAAUGGUGUUGUUAACUCUAGCUACAUGUCUUUUCCAUAUGAAGAUACUGAGGAAAGUCAUCUCAUCAGGACAAAGAAAUGUCCAACUUGUGGAGGGUCGGGUAGAUUAACUUCAGAACAAGAAAAUGACUUAGUUGCAUUGAUCCCAGUAAGAGACCGACGCCUUAAGCCAAGGAGAACUGUUUUAUAUCUGAUGAUAGCCAUCCUGCUAUGCUUGACUCUUGCAUCCGUCACAAUUGCGCUGCUUUUCCCAAGGGAUGUGACCUUUACACUUUUGGGCACUAUUCCUGUCAAUAUCACCAUCAAGCAGAGCAAUGCUACAACCCCAUUUAUAGUCAUUCAGAAUACAUUGGAAGUGAAAAACCCGAACUUCUUUGAAGUUAGCCUGUCAGCCUUAAAUCAACAAGUGACAUGGGAUGAGCACUAUGUGGUGGCAGAUGUGUCAUUUGGUAAUCAGUCAGUUGUCAUACCCCAGCGGUCAUCCAAAAAGGUACUCCGUAAUGUUACAACUUUUUAUGAAGGAGUUGAAGGCAGCAAAGUCAGAAAAGUAUGUUGCUCUUUCUUCUCCUACAAUAUGCUUCUUGUCAUCGACUCAACAGCUACAGCUUCAGGACUUACACUUUCCCAAAGCCUGUCGAAUAGAGAGUACAACUUUGUGGAUUGUGUACAAAGUGGCGACAAAUGGUGGGAUAACUGCGUAUAGCUGUCAACUCGCCCACAUUAAGUGGUUUCGCUUUCGAAAAAUUAUUCAGUAGAAAAUCGUCAUUUUGCUUAUUUUCUAUUAAAAUAUUUGAAACAAUAAUUCCCUUGCGUAGCGCAAUUUAUCUAACAAACUCGUGAGAUCUACAAGUGGAUUUUUUUGCGAGAGCUUUCUAUACGGCAAACGCCUGCAAGGUUAAACCCACCCCUCCCCCCAAAAAAUGAAGAUACCCCACCCCUCCCCAAAAAAUAUCCUCAAGCCUUGAGAUUUUCGGAGGUUGACAGGUAUGUAGUAUGGUCUCCUAAAAUUCCUGCCAUGGUAUUUAUAGCAGGAAAAUAACGAAAUUUACUAUCUUAGAAACAGGUUAUUAAAGACACAAAAUUGUUAUAAUUGCCUUUUAUGAUCUUUAUUUCAAAAUAAAUGGUAAAAUCAUUAUUCAGUACAUAAAUGUACAGUAGUCAUCAAAAUGUUUAUUUAUAGAAAUCAAAAUUUAGUUGGAAAUGUAUAUAUAAAUAAAUGAUGAUUUUCAUUCACAA